ACUAAAAGUAAUUUAUUUGUACUUUUGUAUUGGCUACAAUCUGGCACUUAAUCCAGCUGAAGGACUCGAAUUGGCUGUACUGCACUAGGAACUCUCCCUGCGUUGGCUGCACAAAGUUCUAAUGGAUCGCAGCCAGGAUUCGAUUGGCAGCUGUUCACUUGAUGUAGACGCAGACUCUUCCGACAUAUCAGACACCAGUGGCAGCCUAAACUUUCCCACACCGCUUUCCGUAAAGGAAAUCACCCGCGAGUUCACCGCCAACCUACGGGAGCGCUGUACUCUCCGCUCUUUACAACAAACCACCGCUUACUUAGAUCCCGGUACGGGCCUGGUGCACAUGGUGCUGUCGCCUGCGGCCGUGGAUUCCGUCCAUGUUUUAAAUACCACCAGUGUCGAUGCAUGCCCUGAAAACGCAUCUGGAGCCGCUGCUGUUAGUAUCGAUGUUACCGAGAAAAAACCCAGCUACUUAAACCUGGCUUGCUGCGUCAACGGAUAUUCCAACUUGACAACAUACGACUCCAAAAUCCGUCAGGAUAUCAACAAGUCGCGCGAGGUCUCUCCGAUACGUCCGUCCUGCAGCGGCCUGCAGUACUGCAAGCGGAACAACUCUUUGGCAGCUCCGAUUCUGCAUACCAUGCCGCUUAUAAAACAGCCGUCGCCGGUCAGUAAGCUCCCAUGCGAAGUCAAUGGGAGCAACGGCCACGGCGUGAAAAACGGACCGGACGCUGGUCAUUUGAAUAGCAAUGGAAAGGACGGAGGCACCAGCAGUUUUAUACAACAACGGGUGGAGCGUCUUUACGGUCCAGGCGCCCUAGCCCAGGGCUUUUACAGCCCCAAAAAGCACGGACAAUCUCCAUCAGCGGCAGAAACUCGGACCUCGGCCAGGCAGCAACGAAAAGUGGAGUCCCCGAAGAGCUCGGAGUUGGAGCUGAAAUUUAAACAACUCUCACCCAGCAAGGACUAUGGGGAAUUCCGAAAAAAACUGAACACUUUUUCAACGCAGCGGUUUGUUGAUCCUCCGUCUCUGUCUUCAGAGGAGAGCGGAGAGUUGGACUUGCCCGUGUUCCGGCAUCUUAGCCAUGAGUUUCGAGCCCAGUUGCCCAAAGUUUCACCAAAGAGGGGUGUAACCACUCGUUCCUCUCCUGCUCCUGAGAUGCACCAGAUAAAAGAUGAUAAGAUAAGGCCAGAAGUUGGCCAAAUUGAUGUGGUUGAUCACCAGUCCUUGAAACAGGUCCAACUGGAAGCAGAGGAGCUUAACAGCAAAACCGAAAUUGAGCAUGCUAUCAAGGAUGGCAACUAUUUUCUUAAAUUACUCAAAGACGAACAAAUUCGUCUGUUGGCGCUGGCCGCCAUUGCUGAAAAGUACACUGAUGCCUUGGCUAACAAUCCUGACAUCACGGAAGAUACUUUUGGAUUGCUUCGAUCUGCCUCGGGGAAAGCCAGGCUUUUGGUUUCACAAAAAAUGAAACAGUUUGAGGGUUUAUGCCACAAUAAUGUAAAUCGGUCCCCGGAAGACGAGUUUCCAACAACCACUGACGACCUACAAGGGUUUUGGGACAUGGUUUAUUUGCAGGUGGUGCACUUGGAUUCAAUUUUUGCAGAUAUUGAGCAGCUCAAAGCUAACAAUUGGAAGCAACGCAUAGUUGAACCGUCAGCAGCAGACGCAUUACCCAAUAAAGCGCCACAGAUAAGAUCUGUAACUUUAAAACCCAAAUCAAACACCAAGGCGAGUGUACCUGGAUUGUCAUCCUCGAAGAAUUCGGCUGCAGUAUUUAAAAGAGAUGCCCAAAGGAAGCAGUUGUUGGAAAUGAAACGACAGCGGCGCGAAGCUAUGGCUGCGACGAACAAAACAAAUCAGACUGAUGGCACUCUCGAGCGUACUCAGAUAAUUGGCGAUAGUUCUCUUAACCCUGGUGAUAAAAACUGCAGCUAAAUAGUGUUUACUGCGAGAAGCAACACAUACUAUGCUCUCUAAGUACACACAUCUCUCAAAUUAACUUUCACUCACAAACUAAAACCCGAGACACCCGUACACUCAUACAUAACAAAACCAUACAACAUAUGCCUAGAAAUUCCUAGUUGAAUUAAUCCUUAACUAGUCCCGACUAAAAUGCACAUGCUGGAGCUUGAUUUUCUAAUAGCAUAAAAACAUACCUAUAUCGUGUCACAAAGUGUCACAAGUUUACUAAAAAUGUGCGGUCAAGGAAUCAUUUUUGAUGUCCCCAUCAUGGUAGACGCAAUUUUUCGUACCACCCAAAGCGACAAGCCGAAAAUUGAUUGUAAAGAUUGCCUUAUCUGCGAGAGAUUAUGCUCGUUCAGCAAUUUGCUGUGCACUCAAGUAUCUGAAAUUGUUUAUAAAAUUAUGAUUAUAAAAGACAUUUAUUCUUACAUAUGUAAUACAUUUAAGUAAACAAUAAUAUAAAAAACAAUUGCAUUAACAUUUUUAUAUUUAUUUCUGUAAAAGUAACGAAUCUAAAAUUUAAAAGGAAAUAUACUACUUUUGGUCUGUAAGCACCUGCAUGAACAAAUUUGAUAUUUUUCGUAAACGGUACAGAUGCAAUUACAAAAGCAAAACUCUCACUUAGUUUUAAUUUUUGUAAUAAAUUUUUCCUCACUUAACAAAA